GCUCCCAUUGGUGGAGUGGCCCGCGGUGGCCCCGCCCCCUCCCGGCCCCGACGCGCGCACGUUGAGUGGCGGGGGAAGGCAGAAGAACUGCCCGAGCGAGGAGCGGCUCCGAGGACCGGGCAGCACGUUUGGGGUGCCCGCUACAGGGCCCCCCAAGAGGCUGCCAGGUCGGGAGCGCAGCCUGAGGCCACGGGGGGAAGGGGGUGGGUGGGCUGAGAGCAGCUCGGCGGCGAGACUGGCCCGCCGCCCCUUCCCCCCACACCCGUCGACCUUGUGGGCAGAAGCUUCCCAGAGCUCCUUAGGCCGGCACGAUGGCGACUGCUGUGGAGACGGAGGCCUGUCAGCCGACGGAUGCGAGUUGGGAAAGUGGCGGCGGCGGAGGAGACGACGAGAUGAAGCAGGCGCUUCCGGAGCUUGAGUCCUCCCCACAAAAUGGCGGCGGCGGCGGCCUCAACAUCGCUGAGCCCAGCGGCGGCGCUGGGCCUGAGGAGAACGCGGGGGCCGAGGCCGCCCAGAGCCUCAGCCACGAGCAGCCUCAGGACUCCUCUGAGGCGGGCGCGGCCGCCCUGCCCAGAGGCCCCGAAGAGCCCGAAAGGCCUGUUAGGAGGAGUUUUCAGAUCCCCAGGAAGAGCAGAGAAAAGAAAGCACUUUUCCAGCCAUUAACUCCAGGCUCUCGAGAAUUUGAAGAUGUUGUAAAUAUUCUCCAUUCUUCUUACCUUGAACCAACCUCAGUAACAAAUUUUAACUACAGACGUGCUUGCUUGGUACACAAUGAGCUUUUGGAAAAGGAGUUUACAGAAAAGCGAAGAGAACUGAAGUUUGAUGGUCGUUUGGAUAAGGAACUUUCAGAAUCCUAUGCAUUUCUGAUGGUUGAUCGAUACCAGGUUCAAACCAUAUGUGAAAAAGGAUUACAUGUGGGUCAGUCCAAAAUAACAAUUCUUGGCAGUCCUUCCAUGGGUGUCUAUCUUUCUAGGUAUGCUGAUUUAUUACAAGUGAAUCCUUUGGACACAGGGGCAAUGGGUGAUGUUGUUAUUUUUAAAAUAAUGAAGGGUAAAAUAAAGAGUAUAUAUGACCCCAUGGGUGUAAAAAGUUUGGAAUCUAUGUUAAAUAAAAGUGCUUUGGACCCCACACCAAAGCAUGAAUGUCACGUGUCGAAGAAUGCCAAUCGAAUUACAUCACUUUUGGCUUACAGAGCCUAUGAGCUUACUCAGUAUUAUUUUUAUGAGUAUGGCUUUGAUGAGCUAAGGCGAAGACCAAGACACGUUUGUCCAUAUGCAGUUGUGUCUUUUACUUACAAAGAUGAUAUACAAACUCCGAAGUUUGUACCUUCAUCAAGAUCUAACAGCUUUCAUACAGAUAGAAACAUAGAUAAAUAUAACUAUACCUUGUGGAAAGGACAGCUUUUAAAUAAAGGAAAACUUUUGUGUUAUAUUUCUCUGAGGUCAGCCACUCGUGCUUUUUUGCCUAUCAAACUACCUGAGAAAUUAGAUGUUGAAACAGUUAUGAGUAUUGAUCAUCUGAAACAGAAAAUCCCUCCAGCACUGUUUUAUAAGGAAACAUACUUAGGUCCAAAUGAAGUUUUGAAGAAUGGAAUGUAUUGCAGCCUUUAUGAAGUUGUGGAAAAGACAAGAAUUGGAAGUAACAUGGAGAGUUUACUGCAAAAACUAGACAGAGAAAAACUUGUUCUUGUUAAACCUUUGGGAGACCGAGGAUACCUUUUUCUUCUCUCCCCUUAUCAGAUGGUUCCUCCAUAUGAAUAUCAGACUGCCAAGUCUCGAGUCCUACAUGCUUUGUUUCUAUUUCAAGAACCUAGAAGCAUAGUUACUUCACAAAAAGGUUCAACCAAUGCAGCACCACAGGAGAGGCAUGAGAGCAUGCCAGAUGUAUUAAAAAUAGCUCAGUUUUUACAAUUUUCUUUGAUUCAGUGUCGAAAGGAAUUCAAAAAUAUAAGCGCCAUAAAUUUUCAUUCUGUUGUUGAAAAGUAUGUAAGUGAAUUUUUUAAGCGAGGUUUUGGUUCAGGUAAACGAGAGUUUAUUAUGUUUCCAUAUGAUUCACGAUUAGAUGAUAAAAAAUUCUUAUACUCAGCUCCCAGAAAUAAAUCCCAUAUUGAUACUUGUUUGCAUGCCUAUAUUUUUCGGCCUGAAGUGUAUCAGUUACCUAUUUGUAAAUUAAAAGAACUAUUUGAAGAAAAUAGAAAACUUCAGCAGUUUAGUCCACUUUCAGAUUAUGAAGGUCAAGAAGAAGAAAUGAAUGGUACAAAAAUGAAAUUUGGAAAACGAAAUAACUCAAGAGGUGAAGCCAUUAUAUCUGGAAAGCAAAGAUCAUCUCAUUCUUUGGAUUAUGAUAAGGAUAGAGUCAAAGAAUUGAUUAAUUUAAUUCAGUGUAGGAAAAAGAGUGUGGGUGGGGACUCAGACACAGAAGAUAUGAGAAGCAAAACUGUCUUGAAGAGGAAGCUUGAGGAUCUACCUGAAAAUAUGAGAAAGCUCGCCAAAACCAGUAAUUUAUCUGAAAAUUGCCAUCUGUAUGAAGAGUCUCCACAGCCUAUUGGCUCACUUGGACAUGAUGCUGACUUGAGGCGGCAGCAGCAGGAUACUUGUAACUCCGGCAUUGCUGACAUCCAUAGGCUGUUUAAUUGGUUAUCAGAAACACUAGCAAAUGCGCGCCAUUCUGAUGCAUCUCUGACAGACACAGUCAACAAAGCCUUAGGAUUGAGCACUGAUGAUGCCUAUGAAGAGCUGAGGCAAAAACAUGAGUAUGAGUUGAACUCUACCCCAGAUAAGAAAGACUAUGAGCAGCCUACUUGUGCAAAAGUUGAAAAUGCACAGUUUAAGGGUACUCAGAGCUUAUUACUAGAAGUUGAUGCAACAUCUAAGUAUUCUGUUGCUAUUUCUACCAGCGAAGUGGGCACUGACCAUAAGCUACAUUUGAAAGAAGAUCCAAAUUUAAUUAGCGUGAAUAAUUUUGAAGAUUGCAGUUUGUGUCCCAGUGUUCCCAUUGAACAUGGAUUUCGUAGACAACAGUCUAAGUCAAAUAAUGUUGAAGAGACUGAAAUACAUUGGAAACUGAUUCCAAUUACAGGAGGGAAUGCAAGAAGCCCAGAAGACCAGCUGGGGAAACAUGGUGAGAAACAAACACCAGGUAUGAAAUCACCAGAAGAACAACUGGUGUGUGUGCCACCACAGGAGGCCUUUCCUAACGACCCCCGGGUAAUAAAUAGACAGAGAAGUUCUGAUUACCAGUUUCCAUCCUCUCCAUUUACAGACACACUAAAGGGCACCACUGAGGAUGACGUGUUGACAGGUCAGGUGGAGGAGCAGUGUGUGCCAGCAGCAGAGGCAGAGCCGCCUGCAGUGAGCGAAACCACAGAGAGGACAGUGUUAGGAGAGUACAAUCUCUUUUCUAGGAAGAUAGAAGAGAUUUUGAAGCAAAAGAAUGUUUCAUAUGUCAGUAGAGUUUCCACACCUAUCUUUUCAACACAAGAGAAGAUGAAACGGCUUUCCGAGUUCAUAUGUUCUAAGACUUCCAAAGCUGGUGUGCAGGAGUUUGUAGAUGGUUUGCAUGAGAAGCUAAAUACUAUUAUUAUUAAAGCAUCAGCCAAGGGUGGGAAUUUGCCACCAGUCAGUCCUAACGAUUCUGGUGCUAAGAUAGCAUCGAAUCCUCUGGAAAGGCAUGUCAUACCAGUUACCUCAAGUGACUUCAACAAUAAACAUCUCCUUGAGCCACUGUGUAGUGAUCCUUUGAAAGAUACCAACUCUGAUGAGCAGCAUUCCACUUCGGCUUUAACUGAAGUAGAAAUGAACCAGCCUCAACAUGCCACAGAGUUAAUGGUGACUUCUGAUCAUAUUGUACCUGGUGAUAUGGCCCGGGAACCAGUAGAAGAGACAACAAAAUCCCCCAGUGAUGUAAACAUUUCUGCUCAACCAGCUCUUUCAAAUUUUAUAAGCCAGUUAGAACCUGAAGUAUUUAAUAGUUUGGUUAAAAUCAUGAAAGACGUCCAGAAAAACACUGUGAAAUUUUAUAUUCAUGAAGAAGAAGAGAGUGUGCUCUGUAAAGAAAUAAAGGAAUAUCUUAUCAAAUUAGGCAAUACAGAAUGUCAUCCAGAACAGUUUUUGGAAAGAAGAUCAAAAUUAGAUAAACUAUUGAUUAUUAUUCAAAAUGAAGACAUUGCAGGUUUCAUUCACAAGAUACCUGGCUUGGUGACUUUAAAGAAGCUCCCCUGUGUUAGUUUUGCUGGUGUUGAUAGCCUGGAUGAUGUUAAAAAUCAUACAUACAAUGAAUUAUUUGUAUCUGGAGGUUUUAUCGUAUCUGAUGAAUCAAUUCUAAACCCAGAGGUUGUCACAAUUGAGAACCUUAAAAAUUUUUUGACAUUCCUUGAAGAACUUAGUACUCCAGAAGGAAAAUGGCAAUGGAAAGUCCACUGUAAAUUUCAGAAGAAACUAAAGGAACUAGGCAGAUUGAAUGCUAAAGCUCUAAGUCUGUUGACGCUUCUGAAUGUCUAUCAGAAGAAACAUCUGGUUGAAAUUUUGUCAUACCACAAUUGUGAUUCACAAACUCGAAAUGCUCCAGAAUUGGAUUGCCUUAUCAGACUUCAGGCUCAGAACAUACAGCAACGACACAUAGUCUUUUUAACAGAGAAGAACAUCAAGAUGCUUUCCAGUUAUACAGAUAAUGGAAUAGUGGUUGCAACUGCUGAAGACUUCAUGCAAAACUUUAAAAAUCUUGUGGGCUAUCACAAUUCAAUCACAGAAGAAAACCUUCCGCAGCUUGGUGCUAAUGAGAAUCUUGAGUCGCAGUCAGAUGCUGUUUUGACAUUAACCCCUUUGGAGCUGGGAGUUGGGAUUUCCCAACAUUAAACGUGAACACAUUUCGCAGAAGCUUUUAGCAUCGGAUUAUCUGGACAUUCACAUCUAGUGUGAGUGUUGUGACUAAGUGAACUUGUGGCAGAAGACCAAGCUUUAAGGGAUUGUGGACUUGCAGACCCUGACGCGUUAUAUUGUGUGAGUAGUGUAUAAUUUUAAAACUUAAACAAACUGUGUAUUUCAAUAGAGGAGGACUUUUUGUUUUUUAAAUGUAGCUCUUUUAGAAAACGAUGAAAAGGAUGAAGAGGAUAUGUCUCUGGAUUCAGGGGAUGAAAUCUCACAUAUAGAAGUAUGCAGCAAUUUUCAUUCAGAAAUAUGGGAGAAAGAGACCAAAGGAUCACGUGGAACAGAUCAAAAAAAGAAUACUCAAAUUGAGUUGCAAUCGUCUCCUGAUGUGCAAAACAGUUUAUUAGAAGAUAAGACUUAUCUUGAUUCUGAAGAGAGAACUUCUAUUGAUAUAGUAUGCUCUGAAGGAGAGAACAGCAAUUCAACAGAACAAGAUUCAUAUAGUAACUUUCAGGUUUAUCAUAGUCAAUUAAAUAUGUCCCAUCAGUUUAGUCAUUUUAAUGUUCUCACUCAUCAGACAUUUUUGGGGACACCAUAUGCCCUUUCAUCAAGUCAGUCUCAAGAAAAUGAGAAUUACUUCUUAUCUGCUUAUACUGAAAGCUUGGAUAGAGAUAAAUCUCCACCUCCCUUAAGUUGGGGGAAAAGUGAUUCUUCCAGGCCAUAUUCACAAGAGAAAUAACUGUAGUAACUUUUUUUUAAGAGAUUGUUGUGGACUUUGUUAACAAUUUAUAUUUCAUUCUCUAAACAAAAGGUUCUUGUUCUUUCUCCAAUGUUUUUUCUUUUAUUUAAAUCAUGAUGGCCUGUAACAGUUGAAGCAUCUAAAAAUUGAAAUAAAUAUAUAUUUUUAACAUA